AUGGAGUCUUUGGAAGAAAUGGAAACCGUCUGGACGCCGGAUCUGGUGGGUCCCAUUUUCAAAAGGCAUACGAUUACGUUAAGGGAGGUGUUGAAAGCUCAUCGGGACGACAAGAGUACGAAAUCGAUGGCUACCUUUAUCCCGGACGAGCUGAUCUACGAGCCAGACCUGACCAGAAAGAACUUUCGCAAAUUCAACGCUGUGCUGGCUCUGAUCGACGUCUCGCGGCUCUUCGACCUCUACGAGAAGUACAACAGCGCUGAAAAUGGUGGCAGCUACGCUCUGGUCGCUCUGUUGAACAGCUACAUCGGCGUGAUAAUCGAGGGGGUGUACAACAGCUACGGAGACGUCUUGAAGAUCUCGCGGGACGUGCUGUUGGUGAUGUGGAAGGCGAACACCGAAGACUUCUUCGCCAGGAUGGUGUACGACGUGAUUUUACACGCGCAGGUAAUCCAGGCGAGAGUCGCGACCAUGAAGGGGAAAAUAGUUGCUCCAUCAGUGGAUAUCGUGCUCUCGGCUGGCGAGAUGACAUUUUCCGUGAUCGGCGACGACAACGCGAGGCAUUUCGUGAUCACUGGAUCGCCGAUCGAGGAUCUGAAGCGCGCCAGGAGGAUCUGUCUACCAGGGGACCUCGUCUUGUCUUCCAGCGCGUGGGAGCACUGUGCUCCCAGCCAAUACGAGUACGUCAUCAAGGAUUCUGACAACGUCAAGAUAAUCAAGGUCCUUGGUCCACCGGUGGAGCCCGAGAAACCAAACAAAGUCUCGUUUAUGGCGAGUUUGACGUCCGACCGUAUGUCCAGCGUGGAUUACGAAACGCAUUCCGACAUCAUAUCGACGAUCUCUGAUAUCUCUAUGUACUCCGAUAUGGAUUUAGCGUCCUUCCGAGCCAGAGUAUCCGUGUUCGACGCGUUGAAAAGGCGUCUGGGCGCCAGCCUGAAGACUUACAUGAUGAAAUUGGUAUUUAAACAGAUCCACGAGGGUGCAUCGUUGAACUACCUGACGGAAGUGAAGAGAGUCACGGUUGUCGUUGUCAACGUGCUUCCGAGCAAGUGUUCCACCUACGAGUUUAUUUCUCUGGUCGAUCAACUCUUCAGGAUACUCCAGCGCAUAAUCGCAGAAUAUUCUGGCCAGAUCAGCGUAACGAGUGUCUACGACAAGGACAUUCUGUUCCACGUUUUGUACGGGAUCGAGGGAUACAGCGAACGAAAGAGCAACAUGAACAGGGCGAAACGCGGAAUUUUGUCCGCGUCGAGGAUCAUGGAAGAGAUGAAACGCAUCAUUGGGGUCAAAGCAGUAUUCGUAGGCGUUUCGACCGGUAUAGCAUUUUGCGGGGUGAUUGGCCACCCUUCCAGAAGACAGUACAUGAUCUUUGGCACGCCCAUCGACAGAGCCACUUCGUUGAUGAUGAUUUCCUUCGGAAAACAGAUCUCCUGCGAUUACGACACGGUUUUCUACAGUCGUUUGAGCAGGGAAAAGUUCCGUUCGCGAGGCAUGAAGACGCUGAAAGGAUUCGGGAAAUAUUACGUUUACGAAAUCCUCGAAACCUAUCCAUCGUCGGAGGAAUUCCUGCACGUCGAGUACAUCUACCCCAUACUCGGUCGAUUUCAAGAAGUGGAAUACUUCAAGGACGUCCUGGACGACAUCGGUGUGCACGAACGAAGCUAUUCAGGGAUACUGAUCGAGGGCCAAGAGAGAUCGGGCAAGUCGAGACUGCUCGACGCGUUCGUCACGAUCGUUCGAAACAGGCAGAUCAAGUUGGUCCAGCUUCCCUUGCACGUGUCCUUCGUGGAAAAGGAGUACGCCGUGCUCUACUACGUGCUCCUUCAGAUGUUCGACGCGAUGGAUUGCACAACGAUCGACGAUCGCGAGAGGGUUCUGCUGAACAAGCUGACCGACAUCUUGGCUCCGGACGAUUUCUGUUACCUGAACUUGAUCAUGAGAGUACAGUUUCCACUCUCGAGGGAGUACUGCAGGGACAGCGACUGGAAACGUCACAGAAAGACCAUCAAGAUCUUCGGUGACAUUUUAACCCAGGUCGCAGGACACGUUUGCAUCCUCUUGGACGACGUGCAAUACAUGGACGUGCUGUCCUGGCAGUUUCUGUCCGCUGCUCUGGACAAGGACAACGUGGUCCUGGUGAUGACGCUGCUGGAACCAGUGUCCUGGGACAAUCUGUCGCAGGUGGAGGCGGGAAUCUGCGAGGACAAGAGGCUGAUGAACAGGGCCCUCCUAGGACUCGGUUCCGAAUACCUGUCGGCGUUUGCUUGCCAGUUUCUGAACGUCUCAGCGAUCCCCAGGACAUUCGAAACGAACUCCAUCAGCUGGUGCGAGGCGUUCCUGAUGUCCGCGUUGCAGACGGAAGCCAUAACCUUCCUCACUCUUUCGCCGAUGGAAGUGAAGUUCUACAACCUUGUUUUUCCCGAUUGUUCGCUCCUGGCGAAGAUACCGGCGGACAUGACGCCCGAGGAGCUGGCUCCGCCGUUGCACUGGUCGCAGAUGAGCGCCAUAAACGUGUGCGUGCCCUCCGGGAGGCCGUUAGGCUUCCUCGAGUCCGAUCGCGACGUCACAGGCUUGAGGAUCGACAUCUACAAUAGAAUGAACUCCUACGAGCAGGAUUUCAUAAAGUGUGCCGCGUCGUUGGGCACGGUUUUCCUUCGAAGCAUGCUAGAAAGCGUGAUGACCAACUUUGCGCCACUGUACACUGCCAAAGGAAAGUACUGGGAAUGA